ACUACAGGCUUCUUAGCAUGUCUGGCCGCGGCAAGCAGGGAGGCAAAGCUCGCGCCAAAGCGAAGACCCGCUCUUCCCGGGCCGGCCUUCAGUUCCCCGUGGGUCGAGUGCACCGUCUGCUCCGCAAGGGCAACUAUGCCGAGCGGGUCGGAGCCGGCGCCCCGGUGUACCUGGCGGCGGUGCUGGAGUACCUGACCGCCGAGAUCCUGGAGCUGGCGGGCAACGCGGCUCGCGACAACAAGAAGACGCGCAUCAUCCCGCGCCACCUGCAGCUGGCCAUCCGCAACGACGAGGAGCUCAACAAGCUGCUGGGCAAAGUCACCAUCGCUCAGGGCGGCGUCCUGCCCAACAUCCAGGCCGUGCUGCUGCCCAAGAAGACCGAGAGCCACCACAAGGCCAAGGGCAAGUAGAAGUCUGGGUUAGUUUGCAGCAAUUCGAAACGACCCAACCAAAUCAAAGGCUCUUUUCAGAGCCACCUACAGUUUCCUGGGAAGAGUUGGGCACUACGCUCCGUAACCACUUAAGAGCUAAUGAAUCAAUCUCAGUCGGUUAAGCAGAAAGGUGUCUUGGUUUUCCUUCAGCUUGGGCAGGCAAUCUUUAGUUUUUGUAGAUAAGAGUCGCCUUUACCUUAAACCUAAUCUAAUCGCUGUUCCCCUUGAGUGAGCUUUAUCGAAGUACUAUGUGGAGUUAUACUUAUUAUCAGAAUUUACCACCUCGGCACCAGUUUUGAGCUUAAAAAUCAAACUUGUGAUGAGCAUUUGUUUUAGGGUCAAAUGCAGCAAUUUUUAAGAUGUAUUUGUUUUCUAGGUCUUAACAAAUAAAAACAUCCUGAGGAUGCAGAGUUCGGCCCAAACCUCUACCCUAGGCCACUGGUUAUUUUCUAGAUCCUUUUUGUCUGAGAAAACCUAGUUAUUCGCCAGGAUGAUUGAAUCAGUUUCGACCUGGUGAUAGUCAAGGAAAUAAUUGAGAUAAUUGGAACAGUUAAUUGAGUUACUUUUGGUGCCAGGGAGUUUUCUUAUUUUAUUUGGAGUGUUUUCAAUAAGUUUACUGAAAAUUGAAGAGUUUUCUUACAUUUCUUACCACCAUACAAGUUGAUUUAUUAUGAAAUGCAGUUGAGAUGAUCAUUAAUUCCUUUGAGCAUGCAGAAUUCUACUUUAAAAAUAUAUUUGACUCCGUCUUUUUAAUCUAAUUCAGAUCUUGAUGCACUGAUAGAAUAGAUUCUUUAAGAGCAAAGAAAUUACAUUUCCAGAAUAUUAGAAAAAUGUGCUGCAAUGGAAUUACUUUUAUACUAUAUAAAGGUGAAAAGUUCGUGUAAGGGUAUGUUUAUGAAAUUACUAGACUUCGAAUUCUUCACAUGCAACACAGAAAUUUCCUUGGCGGAAAAAAAGUUCCAAAUUUUUAGAAGAAUAGAAAAUUUUGAGAGGAGGGGAUAUAGGGCUGUGUUGUCCAAUGUGGUAAGCCACUUGCCAACAACUGGCUAGUGAUCAUUGGAAUUUGGUAGUCUGAAAUAACAGGUGCUGUACCUAUAAAAUACAUGU